GUCUGUGUGUGUGAUUUGUGUGCAUCAGAGUCUGAGAUUUGAAGAUGCUCAUCCCCCCCGGUGCGUUAGCCCAAGCGGUAGCGGACCGGCCUCACCUGGUGGAUGUGAUGCCAGAUAUGAGCUGGCUGUGGAGGCCGCGACGCCGCCGCUCUUCUUAUGGCCGGGUCAAGGAUGAUGCCGAGCUGUCAGUCGUCGUCACGGGCAGCAAUGCCGCUGCCGUCGAUGAGGAGAAUGUGCUGCCUCUCAUCCUCCCGCAUCUCCCUGUUGACGAACUGGUGAGGGCCCGGGCGGUGAGCAAGGCCUAUGGCACGGACCUCGUGGACGAGGCCGCCUUCUUGCGGCGCAUCGACUCAUCUCUCGCUCAGCAGAAGCUCACCGGCCUCAUUGACGUGGAGAGGCACCGCACUAUCGACCUUCCCGAGCCCCUCUCCCGCCUUCACUACCUCUCUCGAUGCGCCUACGUCCUGGAGCAGGCAGGGCCACGGAUGAAUGCGCUCAUCCGACUGGCGAGCGGCUCCCAGAUGAUUGAUCAGCUGCCCCUGGUGCUGACGGCCGAGUCCGUGCUGGCGCUUGUGCCGGAUAAGGAGACAUUCAAUCAGCUGCCGGCAGCCAUGGCCAUCUACAAAGCUAUCGGCCCUCUCCUCUGCCGUGAGGAUAGAGAGAACGGCACGACGACUACGAUGGCGCUGCAGACAGGGGAGCGCGAGUCGGUCGAGCUUCACCCCAGCGGCUGCGCGCGAGGGUGCACUAACUUCAUCUUCGUGAUCUCCUACAUCCUCGUGAUCAUGAUCGGCAGUCCAGCGCUUGCUGUCAUCCUGGACCCCGACCCUGACCCACAGAUGCAGCAGCUGACGCUGGAAGACCGCUGUCUCGUGCUGCUCUUCGUGCUCGUGGCGUGGACACUCUGCUUCAGCGUCUGCAUUGCGGCUUGUGCGUGCGAGGACUGGUACACCGCACGCCGCCCAGUGCUGUGUGGCACCAUCAACGGGCUGCGGUUCCGGACAGCCUUUAAGGAGGAGCUCUCUCGGGGUCACCCAUACCUGAAGACCUUCAGCGAGAGCGACCCGCUCGUCGUUUCCCAAAGCCGGACGCAUCCAUCCUUCUCGUCAUUCGCCCUGUAUGCCCUGAUGACGGUGGCGGCGGAGCAGCUGACAAAGGUGGUUGACGCGGAGCUGGAACGGGAACGUUAUCUCCCCCACGACACCCUCACCGACACCAGCGCAGCGGAGGAGGAUGUGAUCGUCAUCGAGUGGCGAAAGGACGGGCUGGAGACGAGUGCGACCGACUGCAAACGGGCGGUGGUCGUGGUGCUGCUGAAUGAGGGGGGCGAUGGGGCUGCGGUGGCUUCUGGUCCGAGAGCGCCCGAAGAUACCUUGGACGGACAUCAUACACCAUGAAAUUGCUCUGCAGAUCGAUUGCGGACGUCAUGGACGAUAGGCUUAUGCUCGACCGCAGACGCCGGCCCGCUGGCAUCACACUCUUGUAGCUUCCAUUCGAUGACUGCCCCGGCUCGCCCCCGUCCACCACCGCUGGACCGAUUGAUGAAUACUGCUCCUUUUUGACUGUCUCGCUCCUUGCUGAAGUCUCACAGAACUGCAAUGCGUCUUUGUGUGUGCCGCGAUGUGUUGACCCUGAACAAUACUGAGUCAUCAAG